CUUACCCUCUGCGGUUGUUCUGCUCUUCAGAGUUCCCGUCUACAGACCGGUGAGGCGGCAAGGUGAAGAAGUAUUUGCAGGCUUGCAGUCGUAUCCUUCAGCUUUUCCGUAACUCCAAUCGCCGCCCUCUAUGUCGGUGUUGACCCUCAGCUUUCCUCGGCAAACAACGUCAAUGGCCAAGCUAUCAGACCUGUGGGCUUUUGAUUCUUGAAUCUGUUACAUCUUCAUCAACGAGUUAUUGGCCUCAAUUUUCAAUUCCCAAAGCUCAAGUUAUGGAAAAAUCAGUCUUGGCAAGUUAUUUUCCUUACAAAAGAAAGUCUACUUUAGAGGAUUCAUCUAAUCAAAGCUCUGCGGAAGGUUCUAUCCCACGUCCUCGUAUUGAAGUAAAUUUAGAAAAUCUUGAAGUUGAUCCCGGUAAAAGGAAGCAUAUGAAUGAAUAUCAUGUCAAUGAUAGAGAUAUUGUGCGACGGCGAUAUCUUCAAAUGGGGCCUUUUCAACCUCAAAACAUUGUCUUCCCCCCGAGAGUGAUUACAGGCACCAAAUGAAGGUUCAAUCCUCAAUGGUUUAAAGACCAUAGUAAUUGGUUGGAGUAUAGCAUAUCCGAAGAUGCAGCAUAUUGUUUAUGUUGUUAUCUAUUCGAUGAUGACAGCACUGGACAACAAAGUGGAGGUGAUUCCUUUGUGACAGAAGGAUUCACUAAUUGGAAAAAGGGGGCAGAAAGGUUGCGUGCUCAUGUUGGAAAUCAUAAAAGUGUACAUUUUAGAAAUGUACAAGAUUGUCGUAAAUUAAUGACUCAAGAGCAACAUAUAGAAGUAUGUCUCUCUAGACAAUCUUAGCAAAUGAAGCAAGAAUAUCGUAUUCAAUUGACUGCAUCUGUUGAUUGUAUACGAUUUCUUCUACGGCAAGGCCUACCUCUGUGUGGACAUGAUGAAAGUCACAAGUCUAUUAAUCAUGGGAAUUUCAUUGAACUCUUAAAGUUUCUUGCAAAUCACAAUGAACAAAUCUCAAAAGUGGUGUUGCAGAGUGCACCUGAGAAUCACCAAAUGCUAUCUCCACUAGUUCAAAAAGACAUUGUCAAUGCAUUUGCAACUGAGACAUCUAAUCUCAUACUCAAAGAUCUUGGAAGUGAAUUCUUUGGAAUUCUUGUUGACGAGUCAAGAGAUAUCUCGGUGAAAGAGCAAUUAAUUGUCUUUAUUCGCUAUGUUGAUACACGCGGCCAUAUAAUUGAGAGGCUUCUUGGAGUUGUCCAUGUUCUUGAUACGACAUCACUCUCACUUAAGUCAGCCAUUGAGGCUCUUCUUACCCGACAUGGGUUAAAUAUGUCAAGAAUACGAGGUCAAGGUUAUGACGGCGCUAGCAACAUGCGAGGUGAAUUCAAUGGCCUUAAAACAUUAAUUCUAAAUGAUAAUUCGAGCGCUUUCUAUGUUCAUUGUUUUGCUCAUCAGCUCCAAUUAACACUUCUGAUGGUGGCAAAACAAAAUGAUGAUGUCUCUUUAUUCUUCUUUCAUGUCUCCCAACUGUGUAAUGUCGUGUGUGCUUCAUGCAAGCGAAGAGAUAAACUACGAGGCAAACAAGUUGAGCAAUUGUUUGAAUCAAUCUCUUUGGGAACAAUUGAAACCGGAUCUGGUUUGAAUCAAGAGGCAACUUUAAAGCGUCCCGGUGACACCCGGUGGGGUUCUCACUACAAUGCACUUGUUAGCAUUAUGAAAUUAUUUUCUUCCGUUAUUGAUGCUCUUGAAGAGAUAAAAGAAGAUGCAAGUGACCCAAAGCAUAAAGUGGAGGCAUUCUCAAUAUUGAAAAACAUCCAGUGCUUUGAUUUUGUGUUCUACUUGCAUAUAACGAAAAAGGUGCUAGGAAUUACUAAUGAUUUGUCACAGGCAUUGCAAACGAAGGACCAGAACAUAGUUAAUGCCAUGAGGCUCGUUGAUGUCUCAAAACAAAGAUUGACACUAUUGAGAAAUGAAUGGGAGGAACUUUUAGAAGAAGUGUCAUUCUUUUGUGACAAAUUUGACAUUGAAGUUCCUGAUAUGGAUGCGGAUUAUGUGCCUCUUGGAAGAUCACGACGUAGAGUCGAAGAGAGAGAAAAUCUCCAAAGGUACCGUGCUGAGAUAUUUUAUUUUAUUUUAGAUCUACAACUUCAAGAACUCAAUGAUCGUUUCAAUGAACGAAAUAUCGAGCUCCCCUUGUGUGUCUCAUCUUUUGAUCUCCGAAAUUCAUUUGAGAAGUUCAAUAAGGAGAAAUUAGUGAGACUUGCAUCAUUUUAUCCAAAUGAUUUCUCCGAGAUUGAAAUUGAAAUUUUGGAUAAUCAGCUUCAGACUUAUUUCAUUGACGUGUCAUCUGAUUCUAAAUUCUCUAAACUGACGGGUAUUGAUGAAUUAGCUCAGAAGGUGGUUGAUACAGGAAGGCAUUUGGAUUAUACUGUGGUGUAUUUUCUUCUGAAGUUGGUUUUGAUCCUACCGGUUGCAACCGCUAGUGUUGAAAGAGCAUUUUCAGCUAUGAAGCUUAUCAAGACAUCCUUGCGUAAUCGUAUGAGUGAUGAUUUGUUGAAUGAUUUCUUGGUCACAUACAUUGAAAAAGAGAUAUUUGAUCUUAUUCCGAACGAGGCAAUCUUACAACGAUUCCAAAAUAUGUUGUAGUUUAAUUUAAACCUUUUUUUUGCUCAAAACAGCUUAUCAAAUUAAUGAUAUUAUUUAUAUUUUGGUGCAAAAAAUUAUGUAUAUUUGCUUGUAAUCCCGCCCCCGCUCAGUUGAAUCUCUGGAUACGCCACUGGCUGCUGGCUAAGAGUUUUCCAAUGAUGGCCAAGACGAACCAUCCAAGGACCUUGUGUUGUGCAAGUUCUAGACUCACUUAUUCGCAUGGCUAUUGGGCCAAUCCUGUGUUGGGCUAAUUACCCUAUCAGAAGUCUCCCACUUCUGAUGUCUUGUGUGUGCGCAGAACAUAAAAAAGUAGAGAAGAAACAUCCCUAAGUCGCACGGUCCUGACGCUUCAAUGGCGACAGCUGUCAUGACGGUUCCCGUGAGUGACGGUUACGAUGGACGAUUCAACUCCAAAGGAUUUCGUGAUGAUCACCUAACUUUCCACCUUCGUGUGACACGUGUCCUAAGGUACGAUUCUCGCCACAUGUCAACGGUAAGUCCGUCAUAAUAUGUUCGACAAACACCAUGACCAUGAAUGCACACGUCCCAGAGCUGAAAACACAUGAGAUUUGGACAUAGUUAAGUAACAAUACAGUAUCACAUAUACAUGUCACUCACUUCUUCCAUUGUUUCUCCCUAACAACUGGUAUGUUAUGUUACGUGUUCCAUUAUAAUACUUAGCUGCAGGCCAUGCAUCUUCAUCUUCAUCUGUAGUGAACAUGGGCUUCUCACUGCAUGCCGAGAGUCCAGUAAUGCAGACAAAAUCCGCAUAUAAGUGAACUUCAGCAAUCUCCCUCCCAUGUUGAACCAUAACUCAUCUUGCGGCUGGUUCCGCACCCGGCAUAACAACAGCAUGUGAAUUAAUUGCGCAAUGAAUUGUAUCUAUGGGGCUUUAAGUAAAUGGCCCCAUGGUAUUUUACAUAACAUUACCAUUUGGUUCAAAGAUAGGCUUUCACUAAUUGUGUUCACCGCAUCCUUAGAGGACGAGCACAGUGAAUACUAUGCAGGGAAAUUGCUGAUCAGGAGGAAUUUGCAAUUCAAGCGCUCUCCAGUGACAUUUUUAUACAAUUAAAGAAUCUCUCAUAGCUCACAAACAGUAAACAACAUAUAUGAGGGUAUAGAGACAACAUUCAUACUACGCACAUACAAUUCAACCAUCUCUCAUAUGUCACAAACAAUAAACAACAUAUAGGAUGGUACACAUAAAACAUUUUAUACUAUGCACAGAUAAUUCAAUUAGCUCUCAUGUCUCACAAACAAUAAGCAACACAUAGGGGCGGAUCUAGCAUUUGCAUUCAGGUGGGGCCAAAAUUAAUGAAACAACGUAUAUUGCGAAAAAAGGUUAAAAUGUAGUAAAAUAACAUAUGUUACAGCAUAAAUGUUUAAAAAAUACAGGAAUAAUAUUUUUUUUUGUCAAAAUCUAAUACAAAAAUAGCUCAAACUCAUAAACAUGGAACUAACAUUCAGUUACCAGCCCAAUGAGUUGAAUUGAUAGUUUUCUCAUGCUAAUAUUCAAAAGUCCAUAGCAUUCACAGUAUUAGUUUUAAGCCUAUUCAAUAAUUUUAGAUUGGUUUUAUAUAAAACAAACAAUUUUAGAUUGGUGUUUGGUUUGUUGUAAUUUAUCCUAAGAGAUAAAUUUUGGGAAAGAAAACAUAAAUAAAACACCUCUACCCACUGAAAAUUUUAAAAAAUUUGCUCCCCUUUGGAAUCAAACUCAUGACCUUUUCAUUCCACCCACGCAUUACUUCCAUCUAGCCAAUAAGAUUUUUGUUCACUUCUCGACUUUCCUCUUUAUUAUACCUCUUCUACACAACACUAUAUAUAUUAUUGUAUGUAUACACUAAUUUUUUUAAGGUAGGCCUUGGCUCUCCCUCACCUUAUACAUAGACAACAUUUAUACUACACACAGACAAUUCAAUAACCUCUCAUGUUUCAAAGACAACAACAAACUGUAAACAACAGACAAAUACUUAUUAAGUCUCAACGUGUCACAGACAAAACACUUCAUACGUAACGACACAUAUGUAUAUACAUUUUCAUUUUAAUUACAAGCCAUUUUGUAUCCUUCCCGGAAACAACUACAAAUCAACUUUCACAUACCAACAAAAUUCAUGGGUAACCUACACAAGCCCAUAUGUUUUGUAAAUGGAACGAAGUCGCAAACAACUCAAUUGAAGCCACAUUACCACACAAAACACUACAUUUUGAAUACACAACAAAUUUUUCGUUUCCUAGACCAUUUUAUUCUUUAAACACAUUUAACCCUAACCUAACCAAUAAACUAACAUUAUUGGACGAAAAACACGAGAAUACAAAACAUUAUUACAAUCACCUAUAAAUAAAUUUAAAGUACAAACAAAAAAACCAGGCUUACCAUUUGUUCACUUCGAAAAGUUUUGUGCGCAUCAUUUUCGUGUCCUGAAAAUGUCGCCAAGCCUCACAAAGAGUUCACCACCUUCGACAGUCGCGACCUCAGCCACCGUUCAUUGUGUUUCAACCAUGGACAACGACUGGACUGCUCCGGUAAUCGAGCACAGAUGAAUGAUGGAAAAACGAAGGUGAACGUGAGUGGGGAAGCAGGAAAGUGAAGAGGAAGAUGAGGGUGGAUGAAUGACGACAUAUGGUUUUUGAAAAUAAAAUCGGUCAUGGAGAUGAGUGAAGAGGGAGACAAUGGUGAGUGGGGCAAUGAGAAAGCAGGUUGGAGAGAGGGCAAGAUGUUUUUGAGAGCUAAAAUGUCGUGUAAGAGUUAGUGGGAGGUGUGGGUAAAAAAAAUUUAACCAGCUGUAUAGAUUAUACUUCCUUCGUUCCCUAAACCUUUGUCAUGUUUGACCGGCGCAUGGACUAAUAAAGUAAAUAUUGUUUUGUUGAUUUGUGCACAAGAAAGAAAAUUAGCUGAAACGUCAAAUUCUCACCCAAAUUAUCAGAUUGGUAAAAAAAGAGGGGAGUACUACUUAACACUAGUAUACAAUUUUACAAAAAAAACAAGUUGAGCCACAUUGGUAAAAAAAAGACACUAGCUAACAAAUGUUAUACGGAGGACGAGUAUACAAUUAUACAGUACUACUGCUACGCAUUCUGAAUUCUCGAACAGUCGCCAAGUAAAUCAGUGGGAGUUUCACAAAACCAGGAAAAAGGUCAACCACUAAACACUGGAAAAAGGUGCAAGUGAUUGAAUCAUGGAUCCCAAUUUCCAGACCACCGUCCGUAGUCGUAGCUUGCGUAGCUUCGUGACGAGAGAGCGCCUCUUUUCCGCCUCCUCCAAUAUAUAUAAGCCCACUGCCCGCCGUUGCUUUGUCCGAACGAAUUCCGCCUAGCUUCUUUUAUCAGAUUGAGUGCAAACUAGUUUUUGAUCGGAGUUCACAAUUUCGUCAGUGAAUGGCGGCGAAGGGGAAGCACGUCCGGUGGCAGCUGAGGAGAACGUCUCCGUCCUGGCCGACGAUCUUUACCGCCCUGAUAAUGGUUGCGUUUUUCGUUUUAAUUCUCAUCACUUUGAGAAUUCUCUCGACUUCCGGAGAUUCUCAGGAAGCUCUCAAUCUCAGAUCAAUCGCGCGCAACAUCUUGGAAAGAGACGUUAACAGUGAAAGAGGAGAUCAAUGGGUUGAAGUGAUAUCCUGGGAGCCUAGGGCCUUUAUCUAUCACAAUUUCUUGUCAAAGGAUGAAUGCGAAUAUCUAAUUAAUCUUGCAAAGCCCCAUAUGGAAAAAUCAACAGUUGUUGACAAUGAAACUGGUAAGAGCAAAGACAGCAGGGUGCGUACAAGCUCAGGAACUUUUCUUGCUAGAGAAGGUAACCAAGUAAUCAGUAACAUUGAACAAAGAAUUGCAGAUUUCACCUUCAUACCUGUAGAGAAUGGUGAAGGCCUUCAAGUUCUCCACUAUGAAGUGGGCCAGAAGUAUGAGCCACACUAUGAUUACUUCGCUGAUGAGUUUAAUACCAAGAACGGGGGCCAACGAGUUGCUACCCUUCUCAUGUACCUAUCUGAUGUUGAAGAAGGAGGAGAGACGUUAUUCCCUGCUGCAGGGGGGAAUUUCAGUGCCAUUCCGUGGUGGAAUGAACUAUCUGAAUGUGGAAAGCGUGGACUUUCUGUUAAACCAAAGAUGGGUGACGCAUUGCUUUUCUGGAGCAUGAAACCAGAUGGAAACCCAGACCAAUCGAGUUUGCAUGGUUCUUGCCCUGUCAUAAAGGGAAACAAAUGGUCAAGUACAAAAUGGAUGCGUUUUAACGAAUAUGAAGUUUAAGCUGCUCUGUUAAUGGUUGGGAAGUAAAUUUUGGUCGAGAUAUGCUGAUCAAUGACCUAUACACGUCUAUAGUUGUAAUGGGAACAGACACUGAUACAGAUAUAUAUUACUAGGACUAAGAUAUACUAGGAAUAUGUUACCAACUGAAUCCUUUCAUGUAAUUUAUUCUAAAUAAUAAAUCUACACAGUACAGAUUAUAGUUGAAAACAUACCAUUUGUCAA